AUGGAAUUUGAGCCGCUCCUCUCGCUACAUGAGCCCUUGGGUGCUACUGUGGAGGAGCCGGCAGAAAUCUUCUCAGUUGGCAAAGGGGGUAAGCGCAACAAGCGGCUGGAGGAGGCCGCACUGGAAGAUGCGAAGGUUGCUUACAGGGCCAAAUCAAAGGUAGCUGCUGGGUGGUUGACAGAGAUGGGAUUGGAGGACUGCCUCUUGGCCGAACUUGCUCAAGGUGUGGGAGAGGAUCCGAAUGAACUCCGCUUUGCACUGGAGCAGAGCAAGCGCUUCAUCGUGGAUGAUGAUUUGGUUGUGGAAAAGACGCUCGUGCAAAAAGUCUUUGAUGUCAUGGAAAGCGACAUAGAGACCAUGACUGAAGUCCUGAACAAGCUUGGUGAAGCGUCAGAGGCCGGCGUGCGAUUGGCCGUCCGUGAUUCCCUGGGAGAGUUGAAGAUAAGGGUUGCAAACGACAUAGAGCUCGUCGAGCGAGUGGAUCCGGAGGAGGAGCAACGCGCCAAGCGAGAGGAGGAAAAAGUCCAGAGGGCGAAGGAGAAGAUGGAGCGGAAGAAAGAGAUGCAGAAGCGAAGGAGAAAGCGAGGCAGAAAAGAGGAAGAGCAGGAAGUGGAGUCGGAAUCGUCUGAUGAGGAUGGCCACCCUCAAGAUGUGGCGGACAAAAAGGCCUUGGCUUUUCGAAGGCUCCAGGUGCAGAUCAAGAUUGAAGAGUUUUUGAAAGCGUACACCAGAGGUCAGAACCUGGUCAAGAUCAAUGCCAAGGGAAGGAGGUACGCAAGGCGUGUUUAUGUCGACACUGCCAAAAGGGCUCUUGUCAUCCAGGGUGCAAAUGGUCCAAAGUUCUUUCCAUUUGCAUCGAUGAAGGAGGUAGACCUUGAAACUCGCACUACCAAGGAAGGCCGUGUUGAAACCCUGGUGAUUUGUGCCAUUGAGAAGGAUGGCAGGAUUGUGAAGGAGCUCACACUGGCUUUUCCUGAUCAGUCGAAGGCCAGUACGUUUGUGAAUUGUGUUACCUUGUUCUCUCUGGCUUUACGAAGGAAGCAAGAAUCCUGA